GCGGCAGCGGCGGCUGGAGCCUCUGAUUGGGUUUCGGGGUCCGGUACUGGAGCCAAUCAGCGCGGGCAGCGAACCGGGGGAGCGAGGCACGGUGAGUGUGAGGAGCCAAUAUCCAGCGGCCCAGAGCCGGCCCCAGCGCCCCGAUUGGCGGGUCUCGCUGACCACUCAGAAGAGGCCCAGGCGCCGGUCGAGCCCGGGGAGUCGAGCUGAGCCUGGCCGAGCCAGGUGGCCGACGGCCCCGGUCCAGUGCCUGCGAGUACCUCGGGGCACUCCCGGUCAAGGCCUGCAGGGGGCCGCCCCGCGCGGGGAUGGCAGUCCCAGGAGCAGGAACUUCGGGGUCCCGACCUUUGCAGCGUGCCAGUACCAGUUGGGGAUGCGUCCUCACUCCCCCGACGCUUAGGCUUGGGUUCUCAGGCCCUAGGCCUUGGGUUGGGCUACCCUGCCACGAAUGUGCCUACGCUCUGGAGUGUACCUUGCAGUCUUCAAGGAUCUCCACAGCAGAGCUCACCGUGGAAGAGAUUCUAACUUGGAGGAACCAUGGAGCAGUAUACAGCAAACAGUAAUAGUUCAACAGAGCAGAUUGUUGUGCAGGCUGGACAGAUUCAGCAGCAGCAGCAGGGUGGUGUCACUGCUGUCCAGUUGCAGACUGAGGCCCAGGUGGCAUCUGCCUCAGGCCAGCAAGUCCAGACCCUCCAGGUAGUCCAGGGGCAGCCAUUAAUGGUGCAAGUCAGUGGAGGCCAGUUAAUCACAUCAACUGGCCAACCCAUCAUGGUCCAGGCUGUCCCUGGUGGGCAAGGUCAAACCAUCAUGCAAGUACCUGUAUCUGGGACACAGGGUUUACAGCAGAUACAGUUAGUCCCACCCGGACAGAUCCAGAUCCAGGGUGGACAGGCUGUGCAGGUGCAGGGUCAGCAGGGCCAGACCCAGCAGAUCAUCAUCCAACAGCCCCAGACAGCUGUCACUGCUGGCCAGACCCAGACGCAGCAGCAGAUUGCUGUCCAGGGGCAACAAGUGGCACAGACUGCCGAAGGGCAGACCAUUGUCUAUCAGCCAGUUAAUGCAGACGGCACCAUUCUCCAGCAAGUUACAGUCCCUGUUUCAGGCAUGAUCACUAUCCCAGCCGCCAGUUUGGCAGGAGCACAGAUUGUUCAGACAGGAGCCAAUACCAACACAACCAGCAGUGGACAAGGGACUGUUACUGUGACCCUACCAGUGGCAGGCAAUGUGGUCAAUUCAGGAGGGAUGGUCAUGAUGGUGCCUGGGGCCGGCUCUGUGCCCGCUAUACAACGAAUCCCUCUACCUGGGGCUGAGAUGCUUGAAGAAGAGCCUCUCUAUGUGAAUGCCAAACAGUACCACCGUAUUCUCAAGAGAAGGCAAGCUCGGGCUAAACUAGAGGCAGAAGGGAAAAUUCCAAAGGAAAGAAGGAAAUACCUGCAUGAAUCUCGGCACCGUCACGCCAUGGCACGGAAGCGUGGUGAAGGUGGACGAUUUUUCUCUCCAAAGGAAAAGGAUAGUCCCCAUAUGCAGGAUCCAAACCAAGCAGAUGAAGAAGCAAUGACACAGAUCAUCCGGGUGUCCUAACCCCAGCCCACAUAAUGGAGCUGAUCAAGGUCGUGUUCCUUGCCACUAUUUCCCACUGUUCCAGGAAAUGGAUGAUCUCUUCCAAUGGGACACUCACGAUUGCAUUCUGCCCUUUUCUACAGGACAGAAACCACUUAGUUUUUAAUAAGUGGCUCAGGAUUAUAAUUCCAGCAAUGUCUGGCAAAUUGAAGUUGCAAGCCUUUGUCUCACCUUUUCAGUCAGGACCUAUUUCAGACUGUUGGUGACAUUGACAUUUCAUGGAUUAGGAUGAUGCAAGGGAUCCAUGCCAGCCCAGCAGAACCACACACAGCACUUGUGUUGACUGAUGAAGCCAGCCAUCGUCUCAGCAGGGGACAGCAGCCUUCUCAACCUAAACUGCAAUCGGGGAAGCCACAGCCAACUCCUUCCCGUAGGAAUUUGGUUAGAUAGCAUCCAUCCAUCUGGUGGGGGAUCUCAGUAUGACUAACCGAAUGGACACUUUGUAUUUAGAGAUGGCUUCCAGGCAAGGAAGUUCAUCUUGUGAUAUGGAAACAAUAAAUUCUCUGAGAUACAUUGAUCUAAUCUGUGGUAAUAAUAAGAAUCUCUUCUGCCAAGAGAGUAGGUUGGUAUUUUGGUCUCAGGCCAAGAAUAAGCUAACUCUAGGGAUAGAUUGAUAAAAGACUCAAAACACUAAAAAUAUAUAUUGCUGAAUGUCUUUUCGCUUUAGCAAGUUUUGGUCUGCUUGUCCUUCUGUUAAAAGGUCAUCUGGACCUUAGUUUUUGCUGUGGCUACAUUUAAGACAAAUUCAGAGGGUAUUGGACAUUGAAGCUGCCUUUUCUAAGUAGAGAACAAAACUGAGGACACUGAAGCUGAGGACAUUUGUAGUAACUCGUAAACAGAGAACCCAGAACUAGAGAUUCUCAAUCAUAGGCUUUGUGACAGGACAUGGGGAAAAGAGUGGUUUGUGUGUGUUUCAGCCUAGGAGAAGGAGACAGCAUAGUAUAUAUGCCCAUGUGUUGUCAUAUAAUGAUUCUCCAGUGGACACCUGGGGUGGAUCAUUAAGAUGAAAAGGAUAAUUUCUAUUCACACUAAAACAUUUCAAUAAGUACGGAAAGGGGAAAAUCUGAGACUUGGUCCUUGACAGUUUCCGGAAAUCACUGUUCAAUCAAACUGUCCUGGACAUAUUCCACAUUAUGUAUUAGAGUUUGUGGUAGAUUUGGCUUCACUCCCACAGUGAUUUGUGCUGGUCUCAGAGAACAAACAUUCUCAUUCUUCCAGUGGCAGCUGAUUCUUUGGUGCCGGUUUCCAUCUGUUUUCUUUCCUUUUUCUCCAUAGCCUUGUGCAGAAAGAUAUUCACACUGGCAUCUGCACUGGUGGGAUAAACUGCAGACUGGAAAUAGAAAUGCCUGCAGGGUAGGUGCUGAGCCAUGUUCCCAGAAUGGGUUGUGCCUCAGAAAUCUAUUUCUGCUCUUAUUGUUGAACCCUGGGAGAACUAAGAUAUUUCAGAAGAGUUGCUGCCUUCUCUGGAAUAAAGAAGAAAAGUAAACUCAAUUCUGAAGAUAACUUGGGGUUAAUUUAAAAUACCAGGAGUAAAACCUGGAUCUUCUUUGACUUCAUUCUAAUUGUAUUAAGAGGGAAAAGAAAUUAAACCGUCUUUAAAAAAUGUCACAACAGGAGAUUCUUGUAAUGGUAGAAAUAGAGGUACAGAGCUAUGCAAAUGAAGUAGGAAGUGAAAUAUCUUCCUAGUCACUAGAAUCUAAUAAUCUGUCCUGGCUUUCAGAUGUCAGGAGGAAACUUCUGGCUCUUUACCUGAGUUUCAAAUAGUAACUUUAAACCCCAGGGUUUUCAGAUGAUAGAUUACUAAGAACAGUGAAGAAUUGUAUCCAUUGGUUAGUUUAGGAGUCUUUCAAAUGGAGAGUUCAAAAAGAAUUUCUCAGACCUAACAAGUGCUCAAGCCACAAACAAUUCUAAAAUGCUAUUUAUUUGUGUCUAUGAGUUUGUACAUAGUAAUACCAGCCUCAUAUUGUUGCUAAUAUUUUGGAGUGGUUUUGUGUGUGUGUGAGUUUGAGUUUUAUUUUGUUUGAAAUGCAAUGCUUUGGUUGUAAUUUUGUCAUUGCAUUUCAGAUAGCUGAUGACCCUUAAGCGGUUAUCUUAGCACACCUUAAUAGCCCACAAAGUGGGGAGUUUGAAGUUUGGGUUUUUUCAUUUGUUACUAGAAGUUCUUUUACUCCUUGUGACUCUAGUGAUGGUAAAUGCAGAAAGAGUGAAUGGAUGAAUGAUAAUUGGUUUAUUACCACUUCUUGAGUUUGGUUUGUUUUUUUGUUUUUUCAUGAUAAUUGUAAAUGUAUAUAUUUUUAAUUGCACUGGUACAUUGAAAUGUCAGUGUCUAUACCACUGGACCAAAAGCAUUUUCUGGCUAUUGGAUACCUGAUAAUAAUGUCUUGAUUUUCCUUUGGGACUCAACUAUGUAGAUUUUUCCCCCAGCAGUAGGGGAGUUAGUACAGAUGAUUAAUCACUGAUGUCAAUACAAUUGUUAUUUUUUAAAAUAAAUUUAUAAAAAUACCAAAAUUAAAAGUGACUGAAUUUU